CGCUGCUAGUCUUGCUUUGGGAAGUUUUCUAGCAACUGCCACAGUGCUGGAGGGCCGUUGCGAUAGGGCGCCCUGCUGCUUGUGCGGAUGCAGUAAUGCUGGGCAUCAAGAGCUGCUCCGUGCCCCUGAGCAUCGUAGCAGCACCGUCCGCGUCAGGCAACGAUCUAACGGUAGUACAUAGUAAUGGAAGCCUUCUCCAAUGUUCCACAGCAGGGCAAUCAAUCACAAGGGCCGCGGCUACUGAAGGACUAAUACUCGGCCUCGAGCCUUCUCCGGACACGGCUGCCAAAAACCCCACCAUGGAGGCCCAGCUCAGGUACGACAGAUUACGGAACGCAUCAGAUGGCCACUCCACCCCUUGCGUUGCGUCCCAAGAUAAAACCCAAUCUCAACCUCAACCUCAGCUUCGCCACUUUUGCAUCUGCUUCUCUUUGAAUUCUAUACUAUAAGCAAGCAAACAAAACAAACACACAGUCAUCAAUCAUGGUUGGACGUCUGGCUGGCAAGAACGCCAUCAUCACCGGUGCCGCGGGCGGCAUUGGUCUUGAGACUGCAAUUCUCUUCGCCAAGGAGGGCGCCAACGUCCUUCUGGCCGACAUCUCCGAGCCUGCCUUGGAAAAGGCC